AAAGUGGCAGGAGAUACUCAGGAGGAUCUCCAAAACCAGACUGAAGAUUACAGAAACGAAGACUGCGCCCACGUCUUCCGCCGCCGCCGUGGGAAUGGAAACGUCUACCCCACGCGCCGGAAGCCAGCUCGCGCCGACGGCAGCGCGCCGCUCCGCGUCCUACCGCGCGGAGUCCCGACGGGUGUCAUCGCGAGACGAGCUCGCCGAGACGGCCGCAGCCAGUCAAGGAAACUUGGAGGGAAAUUUUGAGUCACUGGACCUUGCAGAACUUGCUAAAAAGCAGCCAUGGCGGCGCAAGCUGUUUGGGCAGGAAUCUGGGCCUUCAGCUGGAAAGUAUAGCGUGGCAACCCAGCUGUUAAUUGGAGGUGUCACUGGAUGGUGCACGGGUUUCAUAUUCCAGAAGGUUGGAAGGUUGGCUGCCACAGCUCUGGGAGGUGGAUUUUUCCUGCUUCAGCUUGCAAACCAUACUGGCUACAUCAACGUGGACGGGCAGCGGGUAGAGAAGGACAUGAAGAAAGCCAAGGAACAGCUGAAGAUCCACAAGAGCAACCAGAUACCUACGGAGGUGAAAAGCAAACUAGAGGAGGUGGUGUCGUUUGUGAAGAAGAAUGUUCUAGUGACUGGUGGAUUUUUCAGAGGCUUUCUGCUAGGUAUGGCAUCCUAAAGAGGAUGACUUCACUUCCUUAUUCCUGGUCUUUCCAGCCAGCAGCCUCUUCACUCCAUCAUAGGAUAGCAAGUCUCUCCUCUGGGUCCUCUUCUCCCAUGCCUUCCUCCCUGCCAUGGCGUAUCUGAAUGGCUUCUGUAGGCAUCUGUUGGUACAAGUGGAUAAAGGCCGCACCAUGACCUUGACGGCAACGGAAGAGACAGUAGACAUUAACUCUUCUCCCACCACACUCCCCCCUUGACUGAUCUCUAGGUCAGCAAGAAUAUUCCUUUCUCUUCUAUGUAAGAUACUUACCAGAACAUGGUACAAGAUGGCUCACCAUGGAGCGUGAGUGGAUCCUCAAAGGUUGUCCCAAACUUGAUUUGGAAAAGAAAUAACAAGCAUAUAAGAUACCUUACUAUGUUCUGCAUGGAAAGGAACUGAAUACAUUUGCCUUUAAGCAUGAAA